GUGUCAUUGUCUACCCGGCUCUCUCUCUCCUCUCCUCCUCUCGACUCCCCAUCUUCAUCAACCACCACCUCUUCCGACCAUUCUCACAUCCCACAUCCCAUCACCCCGUAGGACUCUCGCGCCCAUAGCGAGAUUGCCCAACAUGAAGAGCACUCUUAUCGCAGCUGCGCUGCUCGGAUCCGCAUCCGCCGAGAUCCACAAGCUCAAGCUCAAGAAGGUCCCCAUUGAGGAGCAGCUGACCUCCGUCCCCAUCGAGACUCAGGUCCAGCAGCUUGGUCAGAAGUACAUGGGUGUGCGCCCCCAGAGCCAUGCCGACUACAUGUUCAACAGCAAGCCGGUUCAGUCCGAUGGCAACCACAAUGUGCCCGUGAGCAACUUCAUGAACGCUCAGUACUUCUCCGAGAUCACCAUCGGAACCCCCCCUCAGACGUUCAAGGUUGUCCUUGACACCGGCAGCUCCAACCUCUGGGUUCCCUCCCAGCAAUGCAGCAGCAUUGCGUGCUACCUGCACACCAAGUACGACUCGUCUGACUCGUCUACCUACAAGGCCAACGGCUCCGAGUUUGAGAUCCACUACGGCUCCGGCAGCCUGACUGGAUUCGUCUCCCAGGACACUGUGACCAUCGGUGACAUCAAGAUCAAGAACCAGGACUUCGCCGAGGCCACUAGCGAGCCCGGCCUGGCCUUUGCCUUUGGUCGCUUCGAUGGUAUUCUCGGCCUCGGCUACGACACCAUCUCGGUCAACAAGAUCGUCCCUCCUUUCUACCAGAUGGUGAACCAGAAGGCCGUUGACGAGCCCGUCUUCGCUUUCUACCUCGGCGACACCAACGAGCAGGGUGACGAGAGCGAGGUCGUCUUCGGUGGUGUUGACGAGUCCCACUACGAGGGCAAGAUCACCACGAUCCCCCUCCGCCGCAAGGCGUACUGGGAGGUCGACCUUGACUCGAUCAGCCUCGGCGAUAACACGGCCGAGCUAGACGGCCACGGUGCCAUUCUUGACACUGGCACGUCGCUGAACGUCCUCCCCUCGACCCUGGCCGACAUGCUCAACAACGAGAUUGGCGCCAAGAAGGGUUACAACGGCCAGUGGUCGGUCGAGUGCGACAAGCGCGCCAGCCUGCCCGACAUCACCUUCAACCUUGCUGGUUACAACUUCAGCAUCUCUGCCUACGACUACAUCCUCGAGGUGUCUGGCAGCUGCAUCUCGACCUUCCAGGGUAUGGACUUCCCCGAGCCCGUGGGCCCUCUCGUCAUUCUUGGCGACGCCUUCCUGCGCCGCUGGUACUCCAUCUACGACCUCGGCAAGAACACGGUUGGUCUGGCCAAGGCCAAGAAAUAAACGGACAGCCGUCUUCAUGUAGCCAUAGGAACAUGCGAAUUGAUUGAAUCUGAGCGUCAUUCCGGCAGCUUGCUGCAUCAUCAGGGACGAGAGGGGUCGACAGGCUUUCUUGUAUUUCUGUGGUCGGAGAGAAAUGCGAUUGGAGGGCGCGCAGAGAACAUGAGCGCUUUUCUUUUGUAGGCAUGGACAGGUAGUCUAGUAAUAUUUCAUUGAUGCAGC